GAGAUGGAAGAGAAAGGAACUAGUGACAAAGCGUGAUUCAAGUCAGACAAAGAAAUCUAUACAUAUAUAUAGCGUUAAUAUAUUCAUGUGAUCUUUAAAUCGAUUAUAAAGAUCGAAACAAAUACAAAAAUUGAUAUAAAAAAAUCUCGAUUGAAACUUAUUUAUUAAAUUAUGAGCGAUUGAAAUUUGCAUCAGAUAAAGUGAGAGGGAAAUAGAAACGUACAGAAGCAUAACAGAGACAACGUCUCACUCUGCUUCUCGCUUCACCUAAUGUCAACUUCAAUAAACAUCAUAAUGAAUAAGCCUCGAUUAAAAUUUUUGUACACCAACUUUUAUAUUUUAUUUUUAUCUCUAUAAACGAUUUUCCAAAUAUUUCCUAUAAAUUUACCAAUAUCUUAUUCUAUGAGGUUAAAGAGAGAUGCGGAAAGCAAGAGUGAGUGAAAGAGAGACAAAGCGAGCGAGGCAGGAGUGGGGAGUCGAGUGAUCGGAGAGAGAGUAAGGGGUGGUCGAACACGAGAGAAAACUGCUACAAUGUACCGCAGUACGGAGUGGUGAGCUGCGAGCUGGCUCCUCGACAGUGAAAAACCAGUGGACUGAGAGAGCGAUACAGGCCUAAGUGUAUAUUAUCGGGACCGUGAUCAGUCUUGUAUAGGUAGUUACCGAUCCGCCAUUUCCAUUCACCAAAAUCCUCGUGCUCUCGUUUUUUUUUCUUCAUGCACGAGUUUUUGCUACGGUUUUGAACGUAAUGUCGGCUCAAAGACAACGAUUAGUUAUGUUUUAAAACAGAAAAAUUAUUCAAAAAAAAUAUUUUCAUUGCGUGUGAUGACAAUAUUAAGAAAAUUGAAAGAAAUGCUGUGACACUGGUGUUAUGUCAAGGCCGAUGCAGUAUGUAAUACGUCGAUAUGUCUCGCUGCUUAAAUCGUUGUGUUUCGAUCUUUGACACUUGUGCCUGGAUUCUGAAGAUUUGCCAUUAUAUCGAACAUAACCAUAUUUGUCAGCUGUUAAAUGUCUUGUGAUUUCCCUUUCGAAGAAAUCAGCUGAUUACUGAACUUUUGAAUGUUGUGCAAAUGAUCAUUCACAUUACGAAGACGAAUUUCGUUGGAUCGACGAUGGAAUGAGAUAUUUGAAGAAGGUUUUAUAGAAUUUUUUUUCUCGAAUUCUUUCACUUAUGACCUCGUAUCGAUCAAGUCAAACAAUGCUAGGUCCAUUCUUGGAACGAUGAAUACCGAGACCGAUGAUGAUGAAAUAGACAAUGAUGUUUCGGUGAAUGUUUAUCGAGUUGACGAUUGUUGUUAUUUGUUUAAAAAGAAAUAAUAAUAAUAUCGUGUGGUUUCAAGUGAUAUAAUCAUUGUUUAUCCGCAAGGAAUCUGACGUGUUUGAGGUGACGUAUGUUAGGAGAUUUUUAUUACCGGUCUGAAAUCUGGAAGUAAAAUCGAACAUAACCUCGAAACACGCACAUUAAAUGAUAAGCCUGAAUGAUAUCUUUUGUCUGAAAAUAUAAAGGGGCGAUAUUAAAACAACAGAAUACGUUGAUCGCUUCGCAAUUUGUCGCAAUAUUUUUAACAAAAUGCUUAUAGUAGUACGAUUCAACCAAUCAUCGAAUAUCAAAAAAAAAUAUUAGUAUCGAAGAAAUAUUAAUUUUGUAAUCAUAAUCCUCAUUUGAUUUUAUUUUAAUCAAUCAAGAUAACAAUCCAGUGUACUUUUAACAAAAAAUAUUAUAUUAAAAAAAUAUCAAUAUUCGUCACUUUCGAUUCUUUAAUUAUCAAUCGAAAUAUCGAUUCUGUAAUUUUUAACAAAGAUAUUAUGAAAGAAAUAUUUCUAUAAUGAUCAUAAUUUUUGAUUUUUUCUAGAAAUCGAUCGAAACAAACACUCGAGUUUAAUUUUUACUAUAUUAAGAAAUAUUCUAAUGUCAUAAUUUUCGAUUCUCUACAUAGAUCGAUCGAAAUAUAACUCGAGUAAAAUUUUUAAAAGAUAUUUCGAUGGUCAUGAUUUUCGAUUUUGACCAUUGUAUGAUUUCAUUUAGAUCAAUUAGAAUUCUAUCAUGUUGUGACAAGAAGCUACUUUGAAUUAUUGUCAAUCGAAAAGCCAGUUGUUAAAAUCGAUCAAUUAAAUCUUCGAUAUAAAAAUUACUCCAUUUCAAUUGUAUAUUUAUGAUACAUUCGUGUUUUUAUCCGCACGAUGAUAUGAAAAAUGAUUCUUAGUGUGUAUAUACAUAUUUUCGCUUGAAACAAAAGAUAUUGUCGAAUUGUCAGAAAUAUCGUAUAGCGAGGAGAGAACAAUUUGAAGUCAAGUUGCAGUCAAAUUUCCUGGGAACAAUGAGAAGGUAUUUAUCAAGCUGAAUACACAAGUUCGUUACAUCAAUGGUUAAUGGAGCGUGAUUAUGAUAAUAUUUACGAGAUUGAUUGUUAUUUGAUUGUUAUAUAUGAUUGAAGAUAUAUAACAACACAGUGAAAAUAUUUUUAAACAAAAAAAGAACUUUUGCAAGUCUUGUGAAAUUUUUUCCAGAUUUAUUGUUAAAUAUAUAUACAUAUAUAGACUAUAUAUAAAAAGUUUACUUAGAAAUUAAUUUUGAGAUUAUUGUUGAUGCUGUUCACGUUUGAUAUAGCCACGUUAGAUUGUUCAAUAGCUGUUUCACUGUUAUCGUAAUUUUUAAAUAAUUUUCGUUAUCUCGAUAUUGCGAUAUAUACACGAGUGAACGUUAUCAAUACAUUUUGGAACGGAAAUAAAAGUUAUUGCACUUGUUAACCGGGCUCACUAAGGAAUUUACAAAAAAGAAAAGCCCAAUUUUCUCGAUCCUCAAGGACAAUUUGCAAUUUUCCAAUUUGAAUAGAAUUUCAAUGGAAGAAUGUUCUGGUUAAAGCGUACACUUUAAUCGUGCAUUUUGCACUCUUCGUUUGAUCGACUAAAUUAAUUAAUAGAUGCUUAGAGAUUAAAUAGAUUUUUAAACAAAUUUGAAAAUCAAAAAUAUUCGAUUCUCAAGUAAUAUUCAAAAACGAACAUUUUGCAAUAAGAACACCCGGUUUAUUCCAUUUUGAAUAGAAACAAAUUAGAUUCUCGUUAACCAAUUUGAAAGGACCCUAUUAAAGGAACAAUAUCUGAGAACGUGAUACGUACAAAGGGAGGCGAGUAUCAAGUUUGAUACAUCGAAUUAUCGAUUAGAAAUUAUUCUGAUAUCUCAAACUACUAAGUACAAAUUGCUUUCGAAGCUGUUUAGUUAACCUUAUCACCGUGAUCGUUGCUACUUAUUGAUAAUAUAAUAUUCAUGGCUGCUAUCGAAUAAUAUCAUUUUAAGAAAAGGAUCGCGCGUUUCUACACGAUUCUCAUCAAUUUAUAAAGGAGGUUACGAUCUUUUUUAAUCGUUUGGAAACAGAUUUUAUUAUUAAAUCUGCAAAUCAUGUGAUGAAGGAAAAUUACGAAAUCGUGAAAUUGAUGAUUUUCCAUUCGAUUUAUACCUUUAGAAUUAUUCAAUGAUGAAAAGAGAUGACAAAUCGAUUGCAUAUUAAGCAAAGCAAUAUUAAAUAAAAGUGGAAAAAGAGUGGAGAUUUAAAAAAGAGGAUAACAAAAUUCUGUCGAUUCAUCUAGAAUCAAAAUAUUAUUCUGCAAAUCGAUAUCGAUUAUACACACAUCAUUUUAAGAAAAAGAAGAAAAGGAAAUCAAAAAUAGAAGAGGAAUCGAACAAUUCUAUAAAUUUAAUUUAAUUCUAUAAAUCAUCUUGAAAAUAAAAGAAAAUUAUAAUAAAAGUAAAAACAAAAAAAGAGGAAGAGCAAAAGGAUGAAAAGAUCGCACGUCGUUUCAACGAAAGAAUAAUAAAUUUUUUGUCGAUACUUCUUUCAGAAUAAAUAUAGAUAUCACAAUUUGAUAUCGAUUAUAUAUAUUUUAAGAAAAAUAGAGAAGAGGAGCAAAGAAUCAAACGUUAAGAUUUUUCAAUUCUACACACGUACAUACCAUUUUAAGGGAAAAAGGAGGAAGUAAAAUAAAAGAAGAGUAAAAGAUCAAACGAUCGCAUGCUCCAAUAAAAUUCUAAAAAUUCUAUCAAUCCAAAAGAUCACAAAUCGAUUUUAAAGAUUAUUUUUAAAAAGAGGAAAAAGGGAAAGAAGUGAAUCGAACUCGUAUAUUACCGAAUAAAAUUAUAAAAAAUUUGUUCCGAUACAUUUAUAUCGAAAUUAGAAAAUACUAGAAAUCGUGCUUUCGAUCGUAUAAAUCUUAAGAAGAUCAAUCGUAUAUCUCAAAAAUUCUGUCUAUCCAUUUUUGAUCAAAAUAAAAAAAUUUUAUCAAUUAUAUAAACCAUCUUAGGAAAAGAAACUACGGAUAAAAAAGAAAAAAAAAUUAAAAAUUAAUAAUAAAUCAAAAUGAUCAUAUAAUGCAAAUCUUUAAUAUUCAAAAAUUCUAUUAAUCCACAUUCGAUUAAAAUUAAAAGAGAAACGUAAAAAAUUGUGGCACCGAUUACAUCUUUACAUCUUUCUACAUCUCAAUAAUAAAAGAAAAAAAAAAAAAAAUUAAAUCCCAAGGAGAAAAUAAAAAUUGGAAAAAUUCUCUCGAUCCAAAAUCAAAAUGGCGAAGCAUCAAAAAUCGUGCAAUCGUUCCAACAAUUGCAAAGUGGUACGCGAUACGUCUAAGUACGACGUUUGGACGCACCCUCGUGUUCCCCCCACCUAACCCGCGAUGACUGUGGCCGUGAUGGAAAAGCGAAGAGCAGUGGUGGUCAAUAGAUGUAUUAAGCCGUAGACAUUAAGUCGAACAAAGUGAAGCUUCGAGCGGGAAAGAGGGAGAAUCGGGCGAACGAGUCGACGUUCCGUCACCUGUUCGCCCUGUUUCACCAGCGUAAGCCUCGGGAACGAGGCCAGAACGCUGCCUCGUCGGUCCCCCUGCUCGAAAUGGGCGCCAGAGCGUGGGACUACGAGGCAUUGCCGGAGCUCAUCACCUCGACGGCAGUCACACCGAGCUCAACGCCGCCUAAUGCACAGCAGAAGGCGCCGAAAGUGUAUUUCCACGCGGAGAACUUGCCCUCGAGGAGGCGCAGCAGCUCGAGGCUACUCGCGCCGCAAUCCUCGUACAGGAGGCGAAGCAGAAGUAUGAGCGCUUGGGGCGACUUGUCCAGGUCCUCGUUCAAGCUCGAUGAAAGAGUUCGUGUCGAAUAUUACGUGAACGAAAAUACAUUCAAGGAAAGACUUCAGCUGUAUUUCAUCAAAAAUCAACGUUCAAGUUUGAGGAUACGAUUGGCUAAUCUAUUCUUCAAGUUACUAACAUGCUUCUUAUACAUAUUCAGAGUCAUCACCGACAACGAUCCAACUUACGCAGCAUGUUACGGUUGCAUACCAGGCAACAAGACCGAGUUCCUCGUAUCACAGAAUCUAACGGAAGAAGAGUUUCAAGAACAUCCAACCAUCAAUUGGGACGCGAUCUUAUGGGUGAGAAGACCUUUGGAACUGUGGGUCGUUCAGGUGAUCCUGGCGAUAGUGUCUCUUACGGAAGCGCUGCUACUCGCUUAUCUCGGUUACAAGGGAAACGUCUGGCAGCAGCUUCUCUCUUUCCACUUCAUCCUCGAGCUGGUCAACACAAUUCCAUUCACUAUCACGCUACUUUAUCCACCAAUGCGAAAUCUGUUCAUUCCAGUGUUCUUAAAUUGCUGGUUGGCGAAACAUUCUUUGGAAAAUAUGUUCAACGAUCUGCACAGAGCUAUGCAAAAAUCUCAAUCAGCUUUAAGUCAGCAACUUAUGAUCCUUAGUGCUACGUUACUGUGCCUUGUCUUUACUAGCGUAUGUGGGAUCCAACAUUUCCAGAGAGCUGGGCACAGGCAUCUAAAUUUGUUUCAAAGCACAUACUACGUUGUAGUGACAUUUUCCACAGUUGGUUACGGUGACUUUGUACCUGACAUUUGGCCCUCACAACUUUACAUGGUCAUUAUGAUCUGCGUUGCUCUCAUCGUUCUGCCUACUCAGUUCGAGCAGUUGGCAUUCACGUGGAUGGAAAGGCAAAAACUAGGUGGCUCAUAUUCCUCGCACCGAGCGCAAAGCGAGAAACACGUGGUGGUAUGCAGUACAACGCUGCAAGCCGACACUAUCAUGGAUUUUCUAAAUGAAUUUUACGCCCAUCCCCUUCUACAGGAUUAUUACGUUGUAUUGUUGUCACCCAUGGAGUUGGACACCACGAUGAGAAUGAUUCUUCAAGUGCCCAUUUGGGCACAAAGGGUAAUCUAUAUCCAAGGAUCCUGUUUGAAGGAUAGUGAUCUCACCAGGGCAAGAAUGAACGAGGCAGAGGCUUGUUUCGUUCUUGCUGCAAGGAAUUACGCUGACAAAACCGCUGCUGACGAGCACACGAUACUUAGAUCGUGGGCAGUGAAAGAUUUUGCACCAAACGUUCCUCAAUACGUUCAAAUCUUCCGUCCGGAGAACAAACUUCACGUCAAGUUUGCAGAGCACGUGGUAUGCGAAGAUGAGUUCAAAUACGCCCUUUUGGCGAAUAAUUGCACGUGCCCUGGUGCUUCAACCUUGGUUACUCUUCUACUGCACACUUCUAGAGGACAAGAGGGACAGCAAUCGCAAGAAGAGUGGCACAGGCUGUACGGUAAAUGUUCCGGGAACGAGAUUUAUCACAUUAUUCUAGGGGAUUCUCGAUUUUUCGGCGAAUACGAAGGCAAAUCCUUCACUUAUGCCUCCUUCCACAGUCAUCGCAAGUACGGAGUGGCGUUAGUCGCGGUACGACCAGCGGAACUUCCAGAAUUUUAUGAAGACACGAUCCUUUUAAAUCCUGGUCCACGUCAUAUAAUGAAAAAGACGGACACCUGCUACUACAUGAGCAUCACGAAGGAAGAGAAUUCGGCGUUCGUGGUAGCGAACAACCAAACUGGCAGUGGGGCUGAGGGCGCGCAAGUAGUUAUCGAAACAAAGACAGACGGAACUGGAAACGCGAACAACAACUCGACCAGCAACACGACCAAUACCACAACUACCGGUGCUGGCACAACGACUACUACGACUACGAUCUCAACCAGUUGCACAAUCGCCGGUGGUGAUGGGAAUGGUACUGCAAACAAGCCUGGUGCAAACGAGCACCAUCAUAAUUCCAACAAUUGUAACAAUGUGCUGAAAGAAACAGCUUGCUGCAGACAGGAGACGACUUGCACGGGGCCCCGUGGACAGAGCGUGCAACAGGGCACGCAAGCACACAGGGCCCCGCAGGUUAUUUUGCAGGUCCUUCCUAGCACGCCCACACCACUCGAACACCACAACAUACUCGCAUCCGAUGUCCACCCAACCUAUCUAGAUCCAGGAGGAUUCGGUGAUUCGCGACAAUGUUUGAAGGAUGGAGGAUCUACACCACAAACACCAAUAACUGGAAACCAUUUGGAUGUUCCACGAUCCAUUGAACCGAAUCCUAACCUACUUAGUCCCGAAAUUCUUACUCAAAGAAGAGGAAGCAGAAGGCCAAGCAUCUUACCAGUCCCAGACAUGUUGACGAGUUCAACCUUGCAUCUUCCUGGUCAAGAGUCAUUGGAUCACGAGGGUGACGAGUCGGAGGACGAGAUGGACGACGACGUUCCUUGGAGAUCACCCAGCGAGAAAAUAGCUUUCAAAGGGAUCGUUAAGGGAUUUCCACCUGUUUCACCCUUCAUAGGCGUAUCACCAACAUUAUGUUAUCUGUUAAAAGAAAAGAAACCAUUAUGUUGUCUUCAACUUGCACAGAUGUGCCAACAUUGUACCUACAGGAACGCCAAAGAGUACAAUUGGCAGAACAAGACCAUUAUCUUGGCAGCUGAUUACGCUAGUAACGGGAUCUAUAACUUCAUAAUUCCUUUGAGAGCUCAUUUUAGAUCAAAAACAUCGUUGAAUCCAAUCAUUCUUCUGUUGGAAAAAAUACCGGAAAUUGCAUUCCUCGAUGCUGUGUCCUAUUUUCCUUUGGUAUACUGGAUGCGAGGAACUAUCGACUGUUUGGACGAUCUUCUUCGCGCCGGUAUCACUCUUGCAGAGAAUGUGGUGGUCGUAAACAAAGAACUUAGCAAUUCUGCUGAGGAAGAUACCUUGGCUGAUUGUAAUACAAUCGUAGCAGUUCAAACGAUGUUCAAAUUCUUUCCUAGUAUAAAAAGCAUAACCGAGCUCUCACAAUCGAGCAAUAUGCGUUUCAUGCAAUUCAGGGCACACGACAAAUACGCUCUUCAUCUCAGCAAAAUGGAAAAGGUAUCUUUUCCUGUUGUUCUCGAUACUAAUUCUCAUCACUUUUCGAAGAACACGUAUUCAAGAACACAAUUUGAUCUUUCGAGAGAAAAGGAAAGAGGUUCGCAUAUAUCUUAUAUGUUCCGAUUGCCUUUCGCGGCUGGUAGUGUCUUCAGUGCCUCUAUGUUGGAUACACUUCUUUAUCAAGCAUUUGUAAAAGACUAUAUGAUAACUUUUGUAAGAUUGCUAUUGGGAGUGGAUCAAGCACCAGGAUCUGGUUUCUUAACAUCAAUGAGAAUCACGAAGGAUGACAUGUGGAUAAGAACUUAUGGUAGGCUUUACCAAAAACUAUGUUCAACGACAUGCGAGAUCCCCAUUGGGAUUUACAGAACUCAAGACACUACUGUUUCAGAUACGUCACACGGCGACUCAGACGCGGAGAGCGAUGCCGGUGUCGGUGUGACGUACAAGGUGCGUAAUUCGGCGGCAGGUUCGUGCCUAGCAAAUUGCGCCACUCGCGACAAAGGUGCCUCAGCCUAUUCGGUGAGCCUUGGUGAUGAAGCGCGAGACAACCAUGCCCAGCAGAUCGAGAGAGCAGAGAUCGCCAAUUUAGUGCGUUCCCGAAUGGAAUCUUUGAAUUUGCCGGUAGCCGACUACGAUGAUGUCUCCGAGAAACGAAACAACCUCUCCUAUGUGAUCAUCAAUCCCAGCUGUGACCUGAAGCUCGAAGAAGGCGAUAUAGUGUAUCUGGUGCGACCAAGUCCAUUCUCAGCGCAAAAGACUUUCGAGCGACACAAUUCAAGACGGAAGAGCAACAUCAGUUUCUGUUCGGCUCAGUUGGUAUCGCAGAUGAGUGCAGCAGUAGCGUCAGCCGGAUUGCCAGGCGCCGGAGCGGGAAGUCGUCGAGGAUCGGGAAUAGGUCUGCCCAGAGCUCCUCCAUUGAGCACCACAAAAUCGAAUUCCUUAUCCUUACCAGACAGCCCAACGGUAGCUGGUACUCUGCGUGGUCGUUCCAAUUCGUUAAGAGUGGUUGACGACAUUCUUCUGAGACGCAGCAACUCGUUGAGACAAGGAUUGACGAUGAGUAGAAGAAAGAGUAGUCUGGAGGAUAUAGGUCUUGGUGCAUUAUCCCAUCCAUCAAACCACAACCCGAUCAAGAUAGCUCUGAAUGGUUCUAUCGGUCUGGAAGUGACGCCGCCAGAGGAAGGUUCUCAAAUAGGUGGCGCUAGCAACACUGGAAUAUUAGACGUUGGCCUGCCAUCUAUGCCAGAAUUAACCGCUGCCCUCGGAUCUAACAUCGAUCCUUGUUUAGGCGGAUCUUUAGGCGGAUUAUACGAUCCACCAAUCCUCCAGGGCCCGUUAGGAUCACAGUCGCCUCAAAUUCAAGGUGGUACGCAGGAUCUCCAGCAUAUACAAGGGACAAUCGUAUGAUAUAACCUUAUGUGGGGACGCAGGCUCUCCGGCGUGGUGCGAAACAAAUGGCUGUAGCGUUCCCACAUGACACGUCAAAAUCACUAGGUGGGAUGUUGUCUCUCAGCAUUCUGAUUGUCGACGAUUUUGGUGGGACUGAAAGAUGAUAACGACACGAUGAUUAUAUAAUGAUCGUAAUUAGAAAGCGGCCGGAGAGCAAGGUGUUUCAGUGAUACGUAUCGAUGACUGUGACGAAAUAAAUGAACACAAAAUGAAUUGUUUAAA